CAAUUCCUACUCUUUAUUUGUUACAUCUACUUGCGUUCGCCAUGCAAGGCCGAAAACGUCGUGUCAGAACGUGUUAUCCUUGCUAUACGCGUAAACAGAAAGCGAUGCGACCGCCAAUAUCCAUGCAACCAUUGUACCCGCCGUCGCCGACCUGAAGAGUGUGUCUACGAUUCUCCGCCGGUGAAUGUGCCCUCCUAUUCGUCAGUCCCUGCAGAUCAGCUAGGGACCCAACCACCUCGACCGGUAGAGAGCGCACGGCCCAUGCGAAAACCAGCCAUGGAUGACUCCGAAUCUCACUGCCCCAAAGAGCAUUGUGCCCUAGCUCGAUCCUUUGGCUAUUCUGAGGAUAGCAAUUCCAACACAAUGGCUUUGCUCCGAAGGCUAGAAUUGCCUGAUCAAACUGAUACAGAGCAAACGGAUGCCUUAUCCUCUACUUGGGACGCCAUUCACUGUGAGCUUGAUCUCAUGCCUGAGCGCCAAAUCAUCGACUUUCUUGUGCAAUAUUUCGUUUAUGAGUUGAAUUGGAUGAAGCAAGUCAUUCACGCUCCCAGCUUUUUGACAAAUUACCAGCUGUGGUGGGCAAAGGAUAAAAUUGCGGAGGUUGCCGACGUCGAGUUUGCAGCUCUAAUUACUCGCAUUUGUUCUUAUGCGACACAGUUUUUGCCCUCGCCCUCUCAUACCGUUGAUCAAAUUUGCGGUCGGUCUCUAGCCGAUAUUCGUGACACAUGUAGUAAUAUUGGAAAAAAUCUUGCUACAGCGUGCGAGAUUCUCGACUGGAAAGGCACUUUGGUCCGUAUUCAACAUAUCAUUUUUGCUGCAUUGAAAGUCUCAUGUGGAGGGAGGACUGGCCAAUUUUGGGAGGGCAUAGCUUCUGCAUGUCAAGCUGCUCAAAAAGCUGGCAUCCACACUAAUAAUACCAUUCUUAUUGAAUCUCAGCUUGCCAAAGAUAGUGCUCAGGAAUUGGAAAGAGAUAUUCAGCGGAGAACUUUUUGCAGUCUUUAUGUUUUGGACAGUCAUUUGUCCAGACAAUUAGAUCGGAUUCCGUUCUUACCCAAUCACUUGGCCGAAGAUACACUACCCCGGCUGUGCUUGAUCCCAGAGAUUGGCCAUAUACCGGCAGAAACUGCUGCUAAAGCGCCCGACAUAUUCACCGAACGUCUCAUGCAAGUUCAGCUUGGCUUGUUUUGGCGAGGCCUUGGGCUACAGCGUAACUCUGAAUUUAACCCGACCGAGAGUGAGCAGAGAUAUGAGAAGCUCAACUCCGAGUAUCUCAGCAACUUACACCCGGCCUUCGCUAUAACCUACCCAGACACGACUUUGGAUAAGACUCUCCCAAAGCUACCUAUGCAAAGACAACUGCUAUAUAUCGCGAUCUUCGACUCAAUUUGUUGGAAUUUCCGCCCUCUCCUACUGCUGAGACCAAAACAAAUCGCAAGUUUAGCCCCCUACAAGAAAGUUCUUCUUCAGUCGCAGAAACAGAGGCUAGGGAUGGCUGCAUUGAAAGUUCUCGAAGCUGUUGCAACCCUUCAUACAAUGUUUGGGGGCUCCUAUACACGAUUUUCUGCAAUUAUCUUCAACUCUUUUGAGCCUACCAUUCUUCUGCUUAAUCUUUGUUCGCAUCCAGAUUUCCCAUUUGAUCAAGGCGACAAUAGCACGAACCUCGUGGGAAUCAAGGUUAGAAUGACAUAUCAAAUAGCAAUGCGGGCGGUAGAGCAGGCUAUUCAUCGUCUUCAAAUGUUAGCCGAGCUCAGUGACAUGGCUGCAUCCGGAGCCCGCGUGGCUAGUCAGCUUUUUGCCAGAAUUGUGCAGCUCAAGCAGUCAUCUAGUCCACUCGCUCCUACAUUGUCUGCUUCUGGCUCUUUAGGGCAACCCCAAUUCCCAAGUCCGAUAGGGAUGUAUGGUGAACAUGAAAAGUGGCCGUCUUUGGAAGCAGGAGAUCCUUAUUCAAUGCCCGAUAAUUUUUCAUCGAUGGCGCAAGAAGACACAUUUCCAAAUCCCCAGCUUUCCUCUUUAGAAUUCCCCAUGCUCUGGGGGGAUUCAUGUUCUAGCGUUGUCUUCAACGAGCCAUAA